CUUCUGCUGAUUCUUACAUGAGUGAUCCAGUUCUGCUUAAUCUCCAUAUCUAGGGUCUCUUACGUUUCUCAUACGGUAGAGAAUGUCUCUAGCGGAGUCGUCAUGGAAGCGGCUAGUAAACGCUGCGUUACAAAGGGAUAGAGCAGGAGGAGGAGCUGGUGGUGGUACUGGUCAGGGCAGCCUUAUGGAUUAUGUUCCUUCAUCUCUACCGAACAACAGGGACAUAGACGCUAUUUUGAGAGCUGCUGAUGAACUCCAAAAUGAAGACCCCAGCAUUGCUAGGAUCUUAUGUGAGCAUGCUUACUCGCUAGCACAAAAUCUUGACCCUAAGAGUGAAGGCAGAGGUGUUUUACAAUUUAAAACCGGAUUGAUGUCUGUUGUUAAGCAAAAGUUAGCAAAAAGAGAGGUUGGGACCAUAGACAGAACUCAAGAUAGCAAACGACUGCAAGAUUUCUACAGGCUGUACAGAGAAAAGAACAACGUUGACACUUUAAAGGAGGAGGAGAUGCAGCUCCGUGAGUCAGGGGUUCUCACUGGCGAGCUGGAGCGGAAAACAGUAAAAAGGAAAAGAUUGUUUGCCACCCUUAAAAUUCUUGGAAAUGUGUUGGAGAAGGUUGCAAAAGAGAUCCCUGAUGAGCUGAAGCAUGUUAUUGAUUCUGAUGCUGCAAUUAGCGAGGACACAAUUGCUUACAACAUUAUUCCUCUUGAGGCUCAUGUCACCACAAAUGCCAUUACGGGUUUCCCUGAGGUGAAAGCGGCAGUUGCAGCGUUGAAGUAUUUUCGAGGCCUGCCAAAAUUGCCGGAUAAUUUUCCCAUUCCUGCGACAAGGAAUGCUGAUAUGCUUGAUUUUCUCCAAUAUAUAUUUGGGUUUCAGAAAGACAGUGUUUCCAAUCAGCGUGAACAUAUAGUUCUUCUUCUUGCUAAUGAGCAAUCCCGCCUUAAUAUUCCUGAAGAAAUGGAACCUAAACUGGAUGACGGUGCAGUGCAUAAGGUGUUUCUGAAGUCCCUAGACAACUACAUUAAGUGGUGUGAUUACCUAUGCAUUAAACCUGCAUGGAGCAACUUAGAGAGAAUCAGUGGAGAAAAGAAACUACUAGUCCUCUCUUUGUAUUUCCUGAUUUGGGGUGAAGCUGCUAACAUACGGUUUCUUCCAGAAUGUUUGUGCUACAUAUUCCACCACAUGGUAGUAGAAAUGAAUGAGAUCUUACGCCAGCAAGUUUCUCGCCCUGCUGUGAGUUGUAUGCCAGUCGAUAGUCAUGGCGGUUCUGACGUUGGUGUAUCAUUUCUUGAUCAUGUCAUUGCUCCACUGUAUGAAAUUGUAUCAGCGGAAGCUUUUCACAAUGAGAAUGGCCGAGCACCUCAUUCAGAGUGGAGAAACUAUGACGACUUUAAUGAGUAUUUUUGGUCGCUUCGCUCAUUCGAACUUGGUUGGCCGUGGAGAACGAGUUCAUCUUUUUUUCAGAAACCUAUACGGAGAAACGAGUUUGAAGCCGGUAGGGAAAAACAUCGAGGAGGAAAGACUUCCUUCGUUGAGCAUCGAACAUUUUUGCGUCUUUACCACAGCUUCCAUCGGCUAUGGAUAUUCCUCGCUAUAAUGUUUCAGGCACUAGCCAUAAUUGCGUUCAAUAAAAAUAGCAUUAUCUCCACGAAGACUUUGCGUCAAAUUCUCAGCCUGGGUCCGACUUACGUUUUGAUGAAAUUUUCUGAGAGUCUUCUGGAUGUCAUCAUGAUGUAUGGUGCUUAUUCUACUACAAGACGGCUAGCUGUUUCUCGCAUUUUCCUCCGUUUCAUUUGGUUUAGCCUUGCUUCCGUCUUCAUAUGCUUCCUCUAUGUGAAUUUGCUUCAAGAAGAUACCAAACCAAUUUAUAAUUCAGUCAUGUUCAAGGUUUAUGGGCUUGUCAUAGCCAUCUAUGGCGGUAUUCAGUUAUUUUUUAGCAUCCUGAUGCAUAUCCCAAGUUGUCGCAACAUUGCUAGUAAAUGUGAUCGGUGGGCUGUGAUUCGAUUCGUUGAGGGGAUGCGACAGGAGAGACACUAUGUUGGCCGUGACAUGUAUGAAAGGAUGUCUGAUUUUAUAAAGUAUUUUCUGUUUUGGCUUGUCGUUCUGUCUGCAAAGUUCUCCUUUGCGUAUUUUCUUCAGAUUGCGCCACUCGUUGGUCCAACAAGGAUGAUAAUGAAACAGGAUAAUAUCCAAUACUCCUGGCAUGAGUUUGUGUCAAUAAAAAACUAUAAUGCUCUGACUGUUGCCAGUUUAUGGACUCCUGUGGUCGCUAUUUACCUGUUAGACAUCCAUAUAUUCUACACCAUUGCCUCUGCUUUUUUCGGUUUCUUGCUCGGUGCGAGAGAUCGUUUGGGAGAGAUAAGAUCUUUGGAAGCAAUUCACAAACAAUUUGAGGAGUUUCCAGGGGCUUUUAUAAAGGCUCUUCAUGUUCCUGUUACCAACCGGACGUUUGAUGCUUCUCAUCAGGCUGUGGAUAAGAAUAUAGUAGAUGCAGCACACUUUGCUCCAUUUUGGAACCAAAUAAUAAAAUUUCUACGAGAGGAAGACUACAUCACUGAUCUUGAGAUGGAAAUGCUCCUGAUGCCCAAGAAUUCUGGUAGGCUCCAACUGGUUCAAUGGCCACUUUUUCUUCUUUCCAGCAAGAUAUUGUUGGCCAAAGAGAUUGCCGCUGAGAGUAAUUCACAAGAGGAGAUUGUGGAGAGGAUUGGAAAGAUUGAAUAUAUGAAGUAUGCUGUUGAGGAAGUCUAUCACACUCUUAAACUUGUCCUAACAGAAACUCUGGAAGCUGAGGGGAGGAUGUGGUUGGAAAGAAUCUACGAAGACAUCGAUACCAGCAUAAAGAAUAGAAAGAUACAUAAUGAUUUUCAGCUGAACAAACUCUCCCUUGUUAUUACGAGAGUGACUGCACUCUUGGGAAUCCUGAAAGAAAAUGAAACACCUGAGCAUGCAAAAGGAGCUAUCAAAGCACUUCAGGAUCUAUACGAUGUUAUACGGCUUGACGUAUUAAAUUUUAAUAUGAGGGGUCAGUAUGAAAUGUGGAACAACUUAACUCAAGCCUGGAACGAAGGUCGGCUUUUUACAGAGUUGAAAUGGCCUAAAGAUCCAGAGCUGAAAGCUCUCGUCAGAAGAUUGUACUCUCUGUUUACUAUCAAAGAUUCUGCGGCGCAUGUUCCUAGAAACCUUGAGGCCAGACGUAGACUGCAAUUCUUCACCAAUUCCCUUUUCAUGGAUGUGCCACCACCAAAGUCUGUUGACAAGAUGUUAUCCUUCAGUGUCUUCACUCCAUAUUAUUCUGAGGUUGUGCUAUACAGCAUGGCUGAACUCACUAAGAGAAAUGAGGACGGGAUAUCAAUAUUGUUUUACCUUCAGAAAAUAUAUCCAGCUUCUUACCGUGGACAAACGUUAGCUAGAACAGUUCGGGGGAUGAUGUAUUAUAGGAAAGCUCUCAUGCUUCAGUCUUAUUUGGAAAGAAAAGCUGGUAAUAACAUGACGGAUGCUGAAGGAUUUGAGUUAUCUCCUGAAGCAAGGGCCCAAGCAGAUCUUAAGUUUACAUAUGUUGUCACAUGCCAAAUAUAUGGAAGACAGAAGGAAGAUAAAAAACCUGAAGCUGUUGACAUUGCAUUGCUAAUGCAAAGAAAUGAAGCCCUUCGAAUCGCUUAUAUCGAUGUUGUUGAUAUCCCCAAAGAGGGUAUAUCUCAUACAGAGUAUUAUUCAAAGCUUGUGAAGGCCGACAUCAAUGGAAAGGAUAAGGAAAUUUAUUCCAUAAGGUUGCCUGGGGACCCGAAACUUGGAGAAGGCAAACCUGAGAAUCAAAACCAUGCCAUUGUGUUUACUCGUGGAAAUGCACUUCAAACCAUUGAUAUGAAUCAGGAUAAUUACUUUGAAGAAGCUUUGAAGAUGAGAAAUCUUUUGGAGGAAUUUGAUCCGAACAGGGACCAUGGAAUUCGACCACCCACCAUUCUUGGAGUCAGAGAACAUGUAUUUACUGGAAGUGUCUCCUCCUUGGCCUCUUUCAUGUCCAAUCAAGAAACUAGCUUUGUAACUCUUGGUCAAAGAGUAUUGGCGAAACCCCUCAAGAUCCGCAUGCAUUAUGGUCAUCCAGAUGUCUUUGACAGAGUUUUCCAUAUUACUCGUGGUGGUAUCAGCAAGGCCUCUCGGGUCAUCAACAUUAGUGAAGAUAUUUUUGCUGGUUUUAACUCAACUCUACGUCAAGGAAAUAUUACUCACCAUGAGUAUAUUCAGGUGGGCAAAGGGAGAGAUGUGGGGCUCAAUCAAAUAGCUCUGUUUGAAGGGAAGGUUGCUAGUGGAAAUGGUGAACAAGUUCUUAGUCGGGAUGUAUACAGACUUGGCCAGCUACUUGAUUUCUUCAGAAUGUUGUCAUUCUACUUCACAACUGUUGGCUUCUAUUUCUCUACAAUGUUGACGGUUCUUACUUUGUAUAUAUUCUUAUAUGGGAGGGCAUACCUGGCACUUUCUGGAGUUGGAGCUACUCUUCGCGAAAGAGCUAUUAGUCUGGACGACACUGCACUUAGCGCCGCCCUCAAUGCUCAGUUUCUGUUUCAGAUUGGUGUCUUCACUGCUGUGCCAAUGAUUUUGGGCUUUAUUUUGGAACAGGGUUUUCUCAAGGCCAUUGUCAGUUUCACAACGAUGCAGUUUCAGCUAUGUACUGUCUUCUUCACAUUUUCACUUGGCACAAGAACCCAUUAUUUUGGACGGACAAUUCUUCAUGGUGGUGCUAGGUACCAAGCCACUGGAAGAGGGUUUGUCGUCAAGCAUAUCACAUUUUCUGAGAACUACCGUCUUUACUCCAGAAGUCAUUUUGUCAAAGGGCUGGAAGUUAUUCUCUUACUGGUUGUCUACCUUGCGUAUGGAAAUGAUAAGGCUGGUGCUGUUUCCUACAUUCUUCUGACUGUUAGCAGCUGGUUUUUGGCUGGUUCUUGGCUUUUUGCUCCUUUCCUGUUCAACCCUGCUGGAUUUGAGUGGCAAAAAGUCGUGGUGGACUUCACAGAAUGGACAAAUUGGCUCUUUUACAGAGGUGGAAUCGGUGUGAAAGGAUCUGAAAGCUGGGAAGCUUGGUGGGAAGAAGAACUGUCUCACAUUCGGACCUUGAGCGGGAGGAUAAUGGAGACUAUAUUAAGUCUACGCUUCUUUGUCUUUCAGUAUGGUAUUGUCUACAAACUGAAACUACAAGGGUCAGAUACAUCAUUUUCGAACUAUGGUUGGUCAUGGGCUGCAUUAGCAAUCAUUAUUUUUCUUUUCAAGGUCUUUACCUUCAGUCGUAAGAUUUCUGUUAAUUUCCAGCUUGUGCUGAGACUUGCACAAGGCAUUGCCUUCUUGGUGGCUUUAGCUGUCGUAACCGUAGGGGUUGUACUCACAGACUUGUCAGUGACAGACAUAUUCGCUAGUGUAUUAGCCCUUAUACCAACUGGAUGGGGAAUCCUCUCUAUUGCGUGCGCUUGGAAGCCAAUCAUAAAGCGAAUUGGGAUGUGGAAGUCAAUCCGUUCACUAGCAAGGCUCUAUGAUGCAGGAAUGGGAAUGCUCAUAUUCCUUCCCGUUGCGUUCUGCUCGUGGUUCCCAUUUCUCUCGACCUUUCAAACACGUAUGAUGUUUAACCAAGCGUUUAGCCGUGGUCUAGAGAUCUCUCUCAUCCUCGCAGGAAACCAUCCUAAUUCAGACCUUUGAGUUUGAGAUCGUUGAUAGAUUUGCCUUUUGUUAAGUGUUGGUCGCAGAACCAUGCCCAAGUAUGAAACAGAAGAAGGCGAACACUAGCUAGAGCUUGUAGUAGAGAAAACAAAACAGACCAUAU